ACUAGCAUUAGCUAGCUGAAUCAACACAUGCACGGUGGAGGGUUUUCGAAAAGAUCAAGCAAAACCUGAAGGCACGACGAGACAAGAAGAGAAAUUGAGAUAUGGAAACGAAACGAAGUCGAAUUAUCGUGUCACGGUUGUUACUUUUACUAUCACUGACCUCGAUUUCACUUGCUUAUCGGCCCGGUGACAUCGUUCCUAUGAGCAAAAUGGGCCAGUACCACAGUACGAGAACUGUCUGGCAUGAUGUGAUCGGUAAACAUUGUCCGAUCUUCGCCGUAAAUCGUGAGGUAUUGAUUCCUAUAGCAAAGCCAACUGGCUUCACUGGAGCUGAUCCCUACAAAAUAUCAUUUCAAGUUGGAAGAGAAAAGUUUCUAGUUCCAUGGCUUUUUGUGAUAAAUCGUAAGAGUUCUGAGGUUCCGAUGAUUGAUAUGCAUUUGAGGUACUCGGGAAGUGAUCUGCAUGGUGUUACUGCUAAAGUUGUGGAUAUGCCUCACAGAUAUGUGGAAAUUCAUCCUGAUAUUCGAAAACAGUUUUGGGAUCCUCAACAUUGGCCAAAACAUGUGCUUGUUAGAUUCACAUGGGAGGAGAAAUCAGAGAUAGAUGUGGCUUCUGGAUUUUAUGUUCUGUUUGGAUCAGGCCUCAUGCUGUCUUUUAUUCUUUCAAUCUAUAUCUUGCAAUCAUCUCGGGAUAAAUUAGCAAGGUUUGUAAGGGAAACAGUUGCAGAAAGCAACAUACCUGGCGGGUCCGUGGCAAAGGUUGAAUGAUUGUACCCUCACAAUUUUUGGUAUAGUGCAAAUCUGUCGCAAAGAUGUUCAUGAGAACGGUAACAGAUAUAUUCCUGCUAUUGCAGAAGUAAAUCUUACUUGGUUUUGUGUUUAUUUAGAACUGAGAAAGUAAUCAUCUAACAGCUGCAAUUGAGUUUUGAGAAAGAAGAUAAAUUAGCUUAGACUGGCUCAAUACUUCUGGUUUUUCAUGUAAUCUUUCACACAAAAUGCACUUCAAGUAUGUAUGUUGUGUCUGCAACAGGAUUCAGGUUUUUAUAGCUUGCUCCAAUUCUUUUUGGAUUGUCACAAUUUGAACUCAUUUUUCCUUUUUCCUUUUUAUUUUUGGUUAGGAACAAUCACUUGUAUUAUUACGAUUGUUUGAAGCCAUUAUUAAGGGAAGCAAAAGUCCCUAUGCUCGUAA